AGCAGGAUGGAAUUUGGGAAAUACCGUUUCGAACACUUCCUGCAGGGGCAUAAACCACAACUCGAUGCUGGCGGUAUACCACCGGAACUAUGGGGUAGCCUUUAUUCGAAACUAAUGCAGCAGACAUUCGAUGCGGGUGAUAAUUUUCGUCUGUUGUGUGAAGAAACGGGGGCUGGACGAAGUUGGAGCGUCAUUGCCACUAAAGAUCUUCAUCCUGUAGAUGAGUACAAUAUUUUCCUCAUCGACCAUGCGUGGACAUUCCGUCCUCAUCAAGCUCGAGCACAACUUGAACAGUUGCCACAACUAGUUGAUCGUUUAAAAAACCUGCUUGAUAUCGACGGUUCCGAAGAUGAUGAUGAAGCCAUUGAGUCUGAACCUGAGAACGAAGUCACUUCAGACGAGAAGGAACGAAAAAUAGUCCAAGAAAAGCUUGACGCCUCUGCGAAAGAAAAUGGUCCACUUCCUCGGCUGGAAUCUGUUGACGCACGGCUAUGUGAUGCUCUGACAAGUGAAGACACUGUUGUCGAUAAAAUUCUUAAGAAAAUGUGGAAGCAUAUACAAACGUACACCAUUAGAACUAAUAAGGAAUUAGAUGAAGAAACAAUGCCGCUAUGGUAUAUAAUGGAUGAGUUUGGAACGCGAAUAUCUCAUUUAGACAAACCAAAUGUUAAAGUUGUUCCACUGUACUUCCUCCCACAGGGGGAAGCAUACAGCGUAUUGUUUCUCACAAAAGAAGUAAAGGAUGGAGAAGAGAUCUAUCGAGACUUUGCCGACAAUGCGCUCUGUCGACAACAUCCGGAUUGGCGACGUUUUCUUAUGGCACCAUAUUUGGAAGAAGAACUAACAGUGAAUGAGAAGAUUGCACGUGAAUCUCCUGAUGAGAAUUUCUUUUUGAGUGGUCGAAAACUGGACACUUUACCAUCUGAAGCCGCUCAGAAUAAGUCACUGGAAGCCAUCAAGAAUCGCGACCUGUCACGACCCCUUCGUAUUUAUGCUGAUGAUCUACAAAUGUUGGAGAAGUUGUCGGCUGUCAAAUAUGAAGAAGUUGCUGACUGGAAAACAGCCGAUGUUAUAUGGUUGAGAAGGCAUUUCAGCGAUUAUGAUCAAUUAUGCAGUGAAAAUCCAAGCGCAUUGGUCAACCAGUUCCCAAGUGAAGGCUGCGUAACAGUUAAAGAUCUACUCUCGGCAAUCCUUAUGGAACAGAAUGAAGGAAAAAAGCAGGCAUGGUUCCAGGAAUGUUACAAUCUCAACACCGAGCUGCCUCAGUUUGUAUCGCAUUUCUUGGAGAGGAAAGCAAGCGGUCAGGAAAACACGUGGAUCAUCAAACCAUGGAAUCUUGCUCGUGGCCUGGAUAUGCAUGUUACUGAUGAUUUACGCCAGAUUAUACGAUUAACUGAGAGCAGUCCCAAAAUUGCCUGCAAGUACAUUGAACAUCCUGUUCUGUUCCAUCGACCGGACAAUAAUAAUUUGGUGAAAUUCGACCUACGCUACAUAAUAUUUGUCACCCAAGUACGACCUCUACGUGCCUACGUUUACAGGAAAUUCUGGACUCGAUUUGCUAUCAACCCAUUCUCACUUGAUCGACUGGACGAUGUUGAAACACAUCUCACUGUUUUCAACUACGCUGAUGGCGAGAAAGUUUUACAGAUGACAUGUGACGACUUCGUUAAACGGUUGGAAGAAACGUAUCCCGCUAUCAAAUGGAAUGAUGUGCAGAGCAAAAUUGAAAAUGUCCUGAAAAUUGCAUUGGAGGCAACGAGCAAGUAUGAUCCUCCUCGUGGUGUUGCAAAAAAUGUGCAGUCCAGGGCCAUGUACGGAGCAGAUGUGAUGCUUCAGUGGGGAGACAAAGAGAAAAAGACCGUUCAACCAACAUUGCUUGAGUUUAACUUCAUGCCUGACUGCAAUCGAGCGUGCUCUUACUACCCAGACUUCGCGGACACCGUGUUUCAGACUUUAUUUAUGGACAAAAUUGACGAGGAAAAAGUGUCUCCAUUAUAGUUUUCUUAUAGAACGUGAGUAUAGCCCGAUGCAUCUCAUGUUGUUCAAAAAUCAUCAUCCUAUCGACAUCGCUACCUUUAAAUUUAUCCUUGCCGUGAUCUUUUUGUAAACUCUUUGUGUGUGGUGCAUACCCUGUGAUAGUUCCUUGCUAGUUGUUUGCAUACCAAAACUAACUAUACCAUUUUAUACUUUGUUAAUUUUUCAUCCACUGCUUCGUCUCUUAAUAAUUCCCAUUGAGUGGAUCCCUGUUGGCUACCGGUAGCAGAAGUGCGCUUCUCAGCUUCAUGUUCACAUCUUCAAAGUUUCAUGAUUUUUUCCAACUUCUAGCUGUCACUGUGUCUUCGAUAAAUGUUUCACCUGA